CGAACCAUGGGGAUUGCGGGGCUCCUCGGCGCGCUCAAGGAGGUCAUGGCGCCAGCCCACGCCCGCGACUUCCGCGGGCAGACUGUCGCCGUCGACGCGCUCUCAUGGCUUCAUAAGGCGUGCUAUGGCUGCGCAUGGGACCUCGCGGUCGGCAACGAGACCGAGACGUACGUCAAGUACAUCCUCCGACGCACCGACAUGCUCAAGGCCGUCGGCGUCAAGCCGCUCCUAGUCUUUGACGGCAACAAGAUCCCGCUCAAGUCGUCGACGCACGACAAGCGCCGCAGCGCCAAGCAAGACAACCACGACAUGGCCAUGCAGCACUUGCGAGAAGCUCGCAGCCUCGUGGGCGACGAGCGCAAGGAGAAAAUGGCCAAGACGUCCCAGUACUUCCAGCGGUCGAUCAACAUUACGUCCACCAUCAUCGCAUCCGUGCACGACGCCUUGCGCAAGGCCAACGUCGAGUUUGUGACGGCGCCAUUUGAAGCCGAUGCGCAGAUGGUGUUUCUCUGCAAGCAGCAAGUCACAACGGCCAUCAUCACGGAGGACUCGGAUAUCCUCGUCUACUGCGCUGCCGCCAACAUAAGCGUCCCGGUCCUCUUCAAGCUCGAGGAAACCGGCGACUGCAAGAUGCUAAGCAAAGACGCGAUUCAUACCCACGGCAAGGCGAGUGCUAACGGCGUCUUGCGCAAGCUCUCGCACUUUCUGUCCGGAGGCCACGAGCCUACACGCAUGUUUGUGCACGCGUGCAUUCUCGCGGGCUGCGACUUUCUCGACUCACUGCCCCACAUUGGCAUCGUCCGAGCCAUUCAGCACGUGUUUGAUUACCGCGGCGUAAGAGGCACGCUGCGCAUUCCCCGUCUUCUGAGCAAGCUCAAGUUUGACGGUACGACCGUCCCCGACGACUACCUCGAGCGCUUUUACAAGGCCGAAGCGCUCUUUUACCACCACUACGUCUACGACCCGUCGACGCAGCGCUGCGGCUACCUCGUCGCAGCGUCCGACUAUGAAGUGGUCGAGGACAUUUUCGAGCGUGUGACCGCGUCGUUGGCGGAGACGCCUUUUCUGGGCGCGCUGCCACCACCAGAUGUCAUUCGCGACAUUUACGACAACAAGCGCCUCGCACGAAGUGAGUCAAGUUCUGAAACCAGUUCGCAGCCGAGCCAGAGUGCCCUCUCGACGCAGAAUUCCCAGCCAAGUCAGAGCACUCUGCCAACCCAGAAUUCGCAGCCGAGCCAGUCGUCGUCGUCAUCGCAACGAACCCCGUCGUCCCCACAUCGGCAGAAAUCUCCAGCGCCCCAGUCCAUAACGUCCCAGCGAGCGCCACCAUCGCAGUCGUUCCAGUCGCCGCCACCCCGCGCGACAGGCCGGCGCUGGUUUGGGGCCCAUGCCGGAAGCUCGCCCGAAGCAACACCAUCGCCCGCUGUCGUCAAGCGCCCUGCGUUCAAGCGCCAGCCCAUCGACUGCGACGAGGUCCGCGCUAAAACCAUGGAGAGCAUCUUUAGCGUCUACGCGGUGCCAAACCAACGUUCGUUUCCUCCGUCAUUCGGCAGCGGCUCGUCGCCCGUCGCAAGCCAACGCGCGUUCCCUCCGUCGUUUCUCGUCGCCCGGGGCUACCAAACGCUCAAGCCACAUCUCUUUGCAAACGUCAGCGACGACGAGGAUGAAGACGAGGAAGAUGCGACGUUGUCGGGGGCUGCCUUGCACGCCGCCAUGGCCGUCGAGCCCACGACGAUUCGGACCGUCCAGUCGGGCAUGUCGAUCUUCUCGGCGGCAAAGAAAGCUGUGCCCGUGCCCCGCUUGCAGUUUAAGAGCCCCACCAAAGGGGCUGCUGUCCAGCGCGCCUCAAAUGCGCUGCCCCCAACGGCCAAGAAGGCCUUCGCUGCGUCCAAGGGUCGUGCCUCGUCCAAGAGUCCAACAACGAAGCAGACGAAAGGAGCUGCGCGCGCGUCUACCAAAGCCUCGGCCACGAAGACGCCACCGACAAAGACGCACGCUGGCACGUUGCUCGGAUACUUUACAAAAACGUCGACCGAGUAA